GGAGCGCGAGACAGCAGCGGACGGAGAAGACCCGGUAGAGCGCGAGGGAGGGAGAGAGAGAGAGAGAGAGAGAGAGAGAGAGAGAGAGGUCGGGAGUGAACGCGAGGAGGGGAAAACGACGGCCGUCAGGGUCGGACGAUACGAUCCAGCUGACCCCCCCUAAUGAGGACAAGUGCUAUAGACAAUGGAUGGAUGGAAAUGGGAGUUUGCAGAGGCACCAGCUCAGGAGAGGGGGAGGACUGAGUGACUAAGUGACCGGCUGCUUCUGAGGGACUUGGAUUUUCUGCAUUUUUAGUUUUGACUUUAUAAAGUUGCUUUUGUCAUGCCGUCCAACAGUCCUGCAGUCACCGAACUGCCCCAGACACCAGAAAACAAAACUUCCAACGAUGUGCGUGAAGAUGGAGCAGACCAGGACAGUCCAGAGGAGGCGACUCUGGAAAGCCCUCCAAACAAGCGUCGAGUGGGCCGUCCAAGCAGGAAACGCAAACAGUUUCUUCCUGAGAUGGCAACGUCUGACCCCUCUGCCCCCUCAACUCUACCGGAGGAGCUGGAGCCCUCCCCCUCCCCUCGCAAGAAACGUGGGCGUCGGAAACUAGAGCAUAACGACAGGAAUAAGGAUGAAGCAGACGACAGAAGCUGUGACUCCCCUAGAGAGGGUGAGACAGGGAGGUUGCGUAGGAAGCCAGUCCCCAGAGUGACUUUCCAGGCUGGAGAUCCGUACUACAUCAGCAGGAGACAGAAAGAAGAAUGGCUCAGCCGCUGGAAGAUGGAGGCAGAGAGACGGGCUUACAGGGAGGCUGAGAUGUGCAUGAUGGAUGACCUCACAUCAGAGGGUGACUUUCAAAAAGAGGAGGAGCCAGCCAGCCCAGACCCCCCGACAUCCAGUCCUGACCAUUUGCCAUCCCAACAACAAACAGAUCCCGCCUCGCCAACCGUUGCCGUAACACCAGAACCAGUCGCCAGAGGAGAACAGGCAACGCCCAGAGAGAUCGAGUACCAGGAUGACAGGGGCUUUGGCAUCGGCACGUUAGUAUUCGGGAAGCUGCGAGGUUUCUCCUGGUGGCCUGGCAGGAUUGUUUCCUGGUGGAUGAGUGGCCGUAGUCGAGCCGCUGACGGGACGCGCUGGGUCAUGUGGUUUGGAGAUGGCAAAUUCUCCGUGGUUUGUGUUGAGAAACUUAUGCUGCUGAGCUCUUUCUCAUCUGCCUUUCACCAGCCCACUUACAACAAACAGCCCAUGUACCGUAAAGCCAUCUUUGAGGCUCUGCAGGUGGCAAGUAUGCGAGCAGGACGACCCACUCCUUCCUGUGACCCUAGUGAUGAUGCAGAAGGUGUGGAGCCUCAAACCAGACAGAUGAUAGAAUGGGCUAUGACUGGUUUUUUACCCAGCGGCCCACAGUCACUGGACCCUCCUGAGGAGGAGCAGAAUCCAUAUAAAGACGUCUACUCUGAGAUGUGGGCAGAACCAGAAGCAGCAUAUACUCCUCCCCCUGCCAAGAAACCUCGCAAGAACGCCGCGGAAAAAGCCAAGAUCAGAGAGGUGAUCGACGAAGGAACCAGAGAGAGACUUAUACAGGAGAUUAAAAAGAAAACCCGGAACAUAGAAGAUAUUUGUAUCUCCUGUGGAAGCCUCAACGUCUCUCUGGAGCAUCCCCUCUUCAUGGGAGCAAUGUGCGUGGGUUGCAAAAAUUCCUUUCUAGAGUGUGCGUACCAGUAUGACGAUGAUGGCUACCAGUCCUAUUGCACCAUCUGCUGCGGAGGCAGGGAGGUGCUCAUGUGUGGCAACAACAACUGCUGUAGGUGUUUCUGCGUUGAGUGUGUGGAUCUGUUGGUCGGAACCGGCUCAGCAGCGGCAGCCAUCAAAGAAGACCCUUGGAACUGUUACAUGUGUGGACCCCGAAACACCUAUGGAUUACUGCGGCGACGGGACGACUGGCCUUGCCGACUACAGCAUUUUUUUGCCAACAAUCAUGAGCAGGACUUUGAGCCAGCCAAGUUGUAUGCUCCAGUUGCAGCAGAGAAGAGGCAGCCAAUCAGAGUCUUAUCACUGUUUGAUGGCAUCGCUACAGGUCUGUUGGUGCUAAAGGACCUGGGCAUCCAGGUUGAUAAAUAUGUGGCAUCCGAGGUUUGUGAUGACUCCAUCACUGUUGGCAUGGUCAGACACCAGGGACGCAUCAUGUACGUGGGCGAUGUACGCAACGUAACCCAUAAACAUAUCGAAGAGUGGGGACCAUUUGACCUGGUGAUAGGUGGAAGUCCCUGCAAUGACCUCUCCAUAGUAAACCCUGCACGAAAGGGCCUUUACGAGGGAACUGGGCGAUUGUUUUUUGAGUUUUACCGUCUGUUGCACGAGGCUCGUCCAAAAGAGGGUGACGGGCGGCCUUUCUUCUGGCUCUUUGAGAACGUGGUCGCCAUGGGAGUCAGUGACAAACGGGACAUAUCUCGCUUUUUAGAGUGCAACCCUGUGAUGAUCGAUGCCAAGGAAGUUUCUGCUGCCCACCGAGCUCGAUAUUUCUGGGGAAACCUGCCCGGCAUGUCAAGACCCAUGAGCCCCAUGACGAAUGAUAAGCUGGACCUGCAAGAGUGUCUUGAGCAUGGUCGUACUGCCAAGUUUGAGAAGUUGCGUACGAUAACGACUCGCUCCAACUCUGUGAAGCAGGGGAAAGAUGAGCAUUUCCCCGUCUACAUGGACAACAAGGAGGACAUCCUCUGGUGCACUGAGAUGGAAAGGGUGUUUGGUUUCCCGGUCCACUACACCGACGUGUCCAACAUGAGUCGUCUGGCUAGGCAAAGGCUGCUGGGACGUUCAUGGAGUGUUCCCGUCAUCAGGCACCUCUUUGCCCCUCUUAAGGAGUACUUCGCCUGCAACUAGUCACACAACAACUCUCUCUCUCCCUCUCUCUCUCUCCCUCUCUCUCUCUCUCUCUCUCUCUCUCUCUCUCUCACACACUCUCUCUCUCUCUCUCUCAGCAACAGACACGCAAACACACACUCACACAAACAGCACGCACACUUUUUGACAACAGAUAACUGUACAUAAAACACAGCUUGUACAUGAAGGUUGGCUGACGCAGAUGAAACAGAUGACCAGACAGACAUACACAUACACCACACACACUGCUUAGGACUUCAUCCCUUGAUCCCAAAUAACCUACUGGCUAAUCUUGGUCCCCAGGUGCUACCUUGCACACACACACACAAAUACGCACGUGCACACACACCUCCAUACAUACAUACAUACAUACAUACACACACACACACACACACUUGCUAGUGCAGUUUCUGUACUAUAUGUCACACACAAACUUCCUUCCACCUGACCUUAAACUGAUGUCUUCUGCUGUUCUGCAUUAGUUACAGUCCCUAUGAAGAACCAACACAGGACAUCUCUCUCAAUACUCCACCAAAACGUAUUAUUACAAAUGUAAGAUUUUACACACGCAGUGGAGGUGGUGGAGUUGCAUUACUAAUGCAAUGAACAUAAAUAUCGAUACACACAUCCACCCCACACUCCAGCUAAAACCCACGGUGCUUGUCGGGCUGUACAAAUGGUGCCACUUUCACAUGACAUUUUUACUGUUCUUGGUGCUCCCAGAGACUUGUGGUCUCGGUUUGUUUUCAGUUGCUGCAGUUUUGGGUCCCUAACUGAUUUAAACUAAAUACUUCCAAGCAGGCACAGAGAUUAAACCAGCUACAGAGUAUACUCGAGGGCUGAGAGAGAAAGGAAAAAACAACAAUAAUACAAGGUAACUUUCACUAAAUUAACUCCUCUGUUGAAUAAAUCUCAUUGGAUGAGUUAAUCAUCAGUGCAUUGAGCCAAAGUAACCCCAAUUGUAUUUUCAUUUGUACUUGGGUAUCAAGUUACUGUAUGUGUCUUUCAGAGCUAUUCAGAACGGUCAUUUAGGAAUCCCACUGCGGUAGGGGUACAUUUAACUCUUCACUCUCUGGGAAUGGGCCUUUCAAAAUAUACAAAAUGUACUUGCACGAUAGUAUCGAGUGCUCUCAAGUGGCCAGAAAAAAACAUAUGGCUUGUGUAGGACCCUCCAGGGAAUUUAGUAGGAUUUCAUAAAACAAAAAGUGAUGCACUGUAUUUGUAGUUACUUGAAACAUCUUUGUCUUUUCAAAAUUACCAUUAUGUAAACAACACCCCCUCUUUUAUAUACACAAUAUUUAUACACAGUAAUAUACAAUAACCCUCUUAACACUGUGGAAAAUAUAGCGUUUGCAUAGCAAAACAGCAUUUUCAGCACAACAUAUCUGUCAUGUUUAUGUAAUGUGUUGCAGCUACACAUGCCAUUUUUGGCUUUGUGUGUUAGUGGACUACUGAACAACCUGAUUAUUCUCCAACAUGCUUCAACUUAAUAUACGAUAAUUCUUCGCUUCCAAUACAGUAUCCUAGUAAAUAACUGACAGCUAUUGUACUUUAUCUUGUAAUAUUUACUGCCAGUUAGCAUACACUAUACACUUGGUUGAGCUUGUUUUCUUUUAAACAAUCUCAAACGAUUUAUUCAAUAGAUGUUUUUAUUAUUUAGUCAGUUAUAGUAUGAUAGAAUUAUCCCAACAUGAUACAACCCAAAUUUUCCUUCCUCACGUAUUUGCUGCUGUGCAACAAACACGCUAAUAUUCAUAAUUAACACUGUUGUAUCACAUCUGUUACUGUUGUAUCUCAUUAUCACAUCUGUUACUAUUGUAUCUCAUUCAAAUAAUGUGACUGGAAUAAUAAUAGUUCCAAGUGCCUGGCUGCUCUGUACCCCUGGCACCACGUGUGUUCCACAAAGGCGUGAGAUUCAGAUAAGAGGGCCAUGACUCUGAAAAGAUGACAUCGGCUUGUCUGUCAAUAUGUGAGGCUAGGGCUUGCAGCAUCAGUUUUGAUUUGCUGUAGUUUUCAAGUUCACCAGUGUGUGACUUAGUCAUUGGAGCUUCAUUCAGUGAAAUAAUGAAUACAUUUCAUCCUAGGUUAUGUCACGCUCUUUUAGACAUAAUUCUUUGGAUUUUUAUGUGAAAACGUAAUCUCUCCAUCACUGGAUAAUGAAUCGCAAUGGUGACUGCAGUGCAAGAGAUUUCUGUAUAAAACAACUGAAUUUACUUUAUAUUAUAUUACUGUGAAACAGGUGAGAAUAGAUGACAUAUUUUAAUAUUAUGAUAACACCAAUAUCACAAUAAUGUAAUAAUCUUGUACAUUUAAGUUUUUCCACAAACUUAAAAAAAUGACAUUAUCUUAUACAUUCACUUUUCUCAUGUUAAUUGUAUGAUGAAGUGAUGAGAGUACUGAGUACUGAUUUACUGAUAUGUAUUACUUGGAUAUAACAACAUGAUAAUCAUUUGAUUGGAUUUGGAUUUAGAAUCAGAAAUGCGAAUCUGUCGUUUCACAGUUGUACGUUCAUUUAUGUAGAGCUGUCGACACAUGGCUCAUUAAAACAAAGACAUGACGAUCGGAUUCACGCUUAAGAGUUACACGUUCCCAUUUAUUGCUGGACCUUUUCUCUCGACCCAGCUGCAAUUAAUGAAAAUCCACGAUAUAGAGAGAGCAUAUAAUAAAACUUUCUGUGAAAAUAUAUUUUAAGCCUUAAAAUAGCCCUUCCGUGUGCUUCAAAUACAUUUAAACGUAUUAAAACACAGAGGGAGUGUGUUGUUUCCAUAAAAAAACUAUUGGCAUAAGCCACAGAUUUCCAUGAUGUAGGCGAAUUUUAACAGAAAGAUCUGCGUCAUAGCGGGACCACGAUAGGUAUACCUGUAAAGCUGGGUAUUACUGUAUGCUGACAUUUAUUAUCUUUUCAUCAAAACAAAAUUAGAUGCAAUGUUGACAGAACAUCAAGAAAAAUAAUGACAUUCACAUCAUGUGAAAAUAAUAUACUGUAUAGUAUUCAUUAAAUUUAAACUCAACAUCAGACAGCAUCAGUAUGAAUAUCUGACACUGGUGCUUAUUACACCUUGACCGAUUUUGAGAAAUAUCAUGAUACUGUAUCAGUAUAUUUUCCCUUUUUAAAGUGUGAUCAAAAUGGCCCAAUCAGUAAGGUUUAACUCAUCCAGCGAGAGUAUUCAAGCCUGUUAGGAGAAAAACGAUAACAGCCGUCGCACGGUGUCAAAAGGAGAUACUAUGAACUAAUGGACCUUUAAUGGUGGAAAACAACCUCUCUUGUGCCUCGCCCUCUUGUGCUCUGCUGCUGUGUUGUUGGGUGACAAACUAAAAAAAGGUUUGGUUGUAAGCAACCCAUUCUUGCAGCUCAACUCUCUUGCUUUAUUUCAUAGGGAUGCAAAAUGUUCUGUAGUUCUUGAGCAACAACAUCCACUAGAGGGUGAGGCAGACCUCUACUCUGUAGACACUAUGCUGGCUUUGCCUUCCUAUAAGUGGAACAGAUUGCCACGUGUUAGUAUCAGAAAACUUUUUAUUUCACUUCGAAACACUGCAUUGUUAGUGCAUGGUGGUGCAGGCCCUCUUGAAAUUGAACAGAAUACAACAGGGAUCUUAUUUGUUACCUUGCGAAAUCUCUUUCAGUCUGGUGCUUUUGGUCCCAAGUUGGCCACUUUUUCUAUAGAAAACCUUCCAAUCCUCUGACCUUCCUCAGAAACCAGCUAACAACUGGACACAUACAGUCGACACACACGUGCACAAACAAUCAGAAACCGUAAACCAGCAGUUUUGUCUGUUGUUUUUUUUCGCCAUCAUGUUUACUCUCCGUUUAUACAACCAAACUUCAGGUGCUUUUUCAACCAACCUUCAGGUGCUUUUUCACCUCUGCUCUUUAUACAAUGCUCAACAGUGCAGGUUACACACACACAUAAAUACACAGUCGCUGGAAACGCCCACAGUGCGGUGCUGAUGUACUCAAAAUACAUCAACUGUUGAUGCACAGAACAUGCAUAGACACUGUGUUUCUGCAGGACACCUGUCGCCACCAGGCCUUCCAUGGCACUGCUGGGUGUGACAUCAUAACCCUGCGCUGCAUUGGUGCUGUCAAAACACCCCCUAUUCCCCUCAGAUACUGCAUGUCGGUCUGUCAGUGUAAUCUCAUGUUAGAUUAGGGAGUAAUGGUGAUGAUAAAAAUAAUAGUAGUAUUAAUAAUAAUAAUAAUCUGUUAUUUUGUGUGUGUGUGUGUACUGUUCAAGGUCGGUGCUCAGUUCAGUUCAGUCUCAGCCAAGAGGGGAAAGAAGCUUGAGAAAACAUAUUACAGUUAGUUAUAGUGACUUUGUCUUGUCUGGAGAACAGGAGGCGAAAGAUACUCUCAAACAAGAAAUGUGUUCAAACAACACCAACUGCAGUCUUGCAAUUGGGGCAAAUUCUAUUUGCUAUACAGUGGAACCUUACAUUUCAAACUUUGUUCAAAAAUUUGCAGAAAAUCAUCAAACAAAUGUUCUUCUUUUUCUUUGUCUUUUUAUAUGAUGCUACCUCAGAAAGGUACCAGUGAAAGCAAAAACGAGAAAAGUGCUAGUGACAACCUUAAAGCUGAAAAUCUAAUUGCACAUAGUUGUAGCUGAGCGACGAAAGUGGUACAUGCAUUUUUGUCACGUCAACAUUUUGACAGUAAUAAUAAAAAAGGCCCCAUUUUUUGUGUAACCUGAACACCGCACAGACCAACCAGCCCUACAGGAAAGAAAGCUCAGAAUCAGCUUGGACUCUUAUGCAUUUAGCCAUAUAGUCAGUCGUUUAGUAUACACAUCUCUGUUCACACGAUUCAGUACAACAUGGUUAAACAUAGUCCAUCAACAAUAAUAAUUAAAGGGAGAAUACCUCCCAAAGGGCCUGAUUUACUAAGAUCUCAAAUAGUGAGUGCUAAAUUGCAUAUUCACUCUUAAAAAAAUUGCGUGUUCUAUGUGAUUUACUAAGAUUACGAUCUUUUGCUGAAGUCCCAAAUAGUGGGCGCUAAAUUGGGUGAUCACUAAUAGAUUAUGUGCGCUGUUGGCAAGAGGUGUCAAAGUGGUGGAGACUGCUGUAUUUAAAAGAUGAAGUUCGAAGUGAUGGAAUUGGAAGUGUUAGUGGAAAACAAAUAUAAUACUGUAGUGUGUAACACAAAAGAAAUGUAUUGCUCACAUCAUUUUGGGGAAGUCAGCAACCAAAAAAAAAAAAAAGCCAUUUUUUGAGUGAUUUAACUUACCAGGUGUGUGGGAAUUGGAUUCAUCUGCCUCUCCUACAUAACAUUGCAUUUAAAACUUGGAAGAGGCCAGCACCAAUUGUCACCACGUGCUGAAAUGGCCCAGAGACAAGGAAAUGCAGAGCUGACGCAGAGUUUUGUCGUAAGUGAUAUGGAAUGACUUGUCUUGUGACUGACUCCAAGUCUUAGAUGAUUCAGAAGCUCCAAAAUUGCAUUGCUGAAUAGAUGAUAUGUCGCCAUAAUUUUGCUUUCUGGCAUUUCACGUUUAGACGAGUAGAAAAGAUCCAUUCUCCCCGCCACCUCUCUUUUUGCCUGCGCUACGCUGGCACUGCUUUGCAUGCCGGGUUGCAUCUGUCUUUCAGAUGAUGUACUUAAAGAUGUUAAAUAAGACAUCGCAAUGCAUCUCAGGUUCGAUAAAUCACAUUGCGCUUGCUGAACUCAUCAUUUGCAUAUAAUGUUACCAGAACGUGCAAAAUUAACUGUGCGGCAAUUUUGCUUGUUUUUCAGACGCAAUCUUUGGUGCGUCAAGUUAGUAGAUUAGCUUCCACACCUGUUUACGUGAGAAAUCAAAUUUCCGCCCAUUUCUGCAUGCACAAACAUGUAGUAAAUAAUAAUAGCAGUGUGUAGUUGCCAUGCGCAUUCAUCACCAUGUUUGUCGCAUGCCGUAAACCAGUGGUCCCCAACUUUUUUUGCACCACGGACUGGUUUAGAGUAGGCAUUUUUUUUCACGGACCGGCUGUCAAGGUGUGCCAUAUAUAUACAGCAAAAAUAAAUUGACACGACUGGCUUAAAAACGAAUGUUAAAUGCUUGAAAAAUACAACUCAUCAUAAUGCAUAACGGAUAAAAGAAGCUUUCUUUUUCUUUGAGGUCGUAGGCUCUUCUUCUGGCUCCUCAGGUGGCCUUUUUCCUUUGAAAAAGAAGCUCUCCGAUUGUUUGUUUUUUACUCAUUUUGCUAGUUUGCGGACUCAUUUUUAGUAACGUAUCACGUGACCGACCUGCAGUCUAGUGUUGUUUCGUUCCCGAACGUUUCGUUCAAAAGAACGAAUCUUUUCAGUGAACGUAAUGAUGUGAAUCAGUUUAUGAAAUGAUUCGUUCUUUGAGCUUGGCCGCCGGCAUGAGCAAGUCGGCUGGGAGCGGAAACGGAACUGCUGCAGCGUUCUGUGCAGUCUUGAUGUGUCAAUUGCGACGCGCAGCUGUUGGAGCGGAGAGGAUCCGGUAAUCUCCGGUCAUUUUUCACACAUUUGACACAUUGAAAAUGCAGUACAACAGAUAUUAUAUAAAUUGGUCAUUCCUUCUAUGCGGCCCGGUAACAAAUGCCUCACGGUCCGCGGACCACGGGUUGGGGCCCACUGCCGUAAACUAUUAAUAGUGGUUCACUUCUUCUUACAACAAGUUACACCAAUUAUACAGCCGUUAACUUAUUUAUUUAUUUUUUUUUACAAAUGUGUGAAAGUUAAAAAUGAUAAAAUGUUAACAUUUCCUGUAUAAUUAAUAUAGUUUUUAUAACAUACAGUUUGACCCUUUAACAGAUUAUUUACUCUACAUUCACAUUAUUUCCAUCCAUUUUCUGAGCCGCUUCUCCUCACAAGGGUCGCGGACGUGCUGGAGCUUAUCCCAGCUAUCAUUGGGCAGGAGGCGGGGUACACCCUGAACUGGUUGCCAGCCAAAUCGCAGGGCACAAACAGGCACGGGGAGAACAUGCAAACUCCACACAGGCGGGGCCGGUGAUUGAACCCCGGUCGUCAGAACUGUGAGGCAGACGCUCUAACCAGUCGGCCUCCAUGCCGCUCACAUUAUUUCAUUAUUGGAAAAUGUGAUUUGAAAUUUUUGUCUAGGGCCGCAUUGUAGUUAUGAUUUCCCUCAGAGGGCCAGUGAAAUGUUUAAUCACCAAAUCAUAUUAAUACCAUUUCACAACAAAUUGAGGGAUAACUAGUUUUGAAAUCAGAAGACAAGGAUAAUAGUUUGUUCAAGUAUUGUUUAAGUUACUGUAGAAGAAGGGUUUGGUAACAGAAAAAUGCAAUAUCUCAACAUUAUUGUUUAUUAUUAUUUGAGCAAAAAUCACAGAAGUUGACGAGCAUGAUUUGCUUUCGCGGGCCACAUAAAAUGAUGUCUGGCACCUAUGCACUCGAGGGAUGUUUGGACUCAAUGAGCAAAUUAUCUGGCAUAUAAAAAUGCCUUUUUUAUUCCCACUGCUUUAGAGGUUGCAAUCUAGGCCACCGAGCCAGUGCAGUCAUUUGCGAUAUUGUUCAAGUGGCACUGUCGUUAGUCCCAUUUGUAUUUCAGGUAAUUCUUUGCUGUGAUUUCUGACAGAACUACAUUCCAAUCCGUUGCAGCUGUACAUGUAAGUCGUUCUUGUAUGUUAAUUACAAACCACGUUCACACACUAAACUGAAUAUGAUAAUCAGUUCCUAACAUUGACAACACAAUGUUAUACAGGCUGAGAUCAUUUCAUGCCAAUAACCCGUCCCUUUCUCAGAUGCAGCCAUGUUUUUAGCGAGCACAAUUAUCAUCUUCUAACUGCUUUAUGUUAUUAUUGCUGACUUAGUAGGGAGAAUAAUUCAUUUGCUUUGAUCAAAGAGUAAAGCUAGCUAAACAGGCUAGAGACCACUGUCUCAGUUUGAGGUGUGAUGUGAACAUGUUUCUGUUUGAGAGUGCAAGGGGACAAGAGCCAGAGGAAUGCAAGCAUCGUUUUGAUUGACAGCUGUCAAUUGUUAAGAGUUGAGGUUGUCUUAAGACAGUGAAGAUGGUUAGCCUAAUGACAGCUUUUAGGCGGAGUGAUGCGCAGUUUUCAACACUGAUAUCAGACUCGCACAUACACACACAAAAAAAACCACAAAAAAACAAAUUACUGUUGUUCACAUACACACAGAGCAAACACUGCACAUACACGUCUACAAACACAACACUUACACACCCAAUGCUGCAGCGCAUUCAGAUGACACUCAUCUCAAGGACUACAUGAAAGAUGAGCUUUUAGGAAAAGUGGAACUGCUGGUGUUUCAAAAAGGUGCUACAAUUGUUUUCUGAAAAUAAGAAAAAAUAUAUUGCUAGGAGUAUAAAAGUUUGUCUUUACAAUGACUGUAUUUAAGUUUGUUGUAGUAAUGAAGAGGCACUAUUAUUAUUUUACUCUUGUAUGAAUAUGAACUAAUUAAAAGGCAUUUUAACUUUGUACUUGAACAAUGUAAGAAAAGAACCGUGAAUAAAAAAAAGACUGUUUCUUGUGA